UACCUUGCAUAUAUUGAGAGAGUUUACCUGUUCACGCCAUUUUUUUCUCUAAAGGAAUGAGUGGGUCCUAUAACAUUGAGCCUCUGGCUUACAAGCCCUCCUCCUCUGCCGGCUACCCGGAUGAGAAGAACCAACACCAAGUCAGGUAAAUAUAUCUAUCUUUCUCUCUGUAUUUACUUCAACAGUUCAAGGAUAAUGCGUUUAUGCAACAUUGGCUGGGUAUAGAAUUCUCCAACAACUUUGUAUAAGUAUGGUUGACAAUUACGUUGAUAAAACUGGAGGUGUUCAAAUUACGGCAUUGUGUUUUACCUGUUUCUAGUAUUUUAUUGUCUGUUUACCAUGGUAGGCUGCACGCACUUUAAAUUUUCAGAGAGUUAGUGAGAUAUACAUGUACAUAGAAAAUGACUUUUUUAUACGGUAAAAAUAUCCAUUAGUCACAAUAUCGGAAACGAAUUCAGGUUUAAAAGCUGUCAAAAUGCAUUCUGCAUCCCACCUUCUCUUGAAAGUCAAGGGGCUUAGGUCCUUGUUGGGAAACUCGUGCUUAUGGAAUGGACAAGACUUGUUUUGCAUGGAAAGUUAUUCGGAGCGUUAAAGUCUAUAUCUUAAAAAAGUAGAUGCUUAAUUUGGUUGCAUUAUGAUACAUUUAAUUAAGUAACGGGGCCAUGGGAUAAUUUCAGAAUAAUGGGUUUAUAUACUAUUACCCCAUGGCUUCCAUUACGUACAUGUAUAAACCUCUACACUCAGACACAACUUUGCAUACCUUAGACAGCAUUUUCGUACCUGUCUUUAUAAAAUGGCAAUAUGUAAAAAAAAUUUAAAAAUAUCUCUAACUCAUUUAUAGCAAUUAAUAUUGCAUCGGCCACCCACUUAUACGUAAAGUGUUUGAGAUAAAAGGUAACAAAUAUCAAUUUCAUAUCCCCCAUUGACCUGAGCUUUCCUAUAAAUCCUAUAGAAUCAUUUAUCCCAAAUCCUGUGUGUUCCGUGUAUUCUGAUAAUUGAAUUAUUCUAAGUGGGGGGGGGGGGGGUUCCUAUUGUUUUUUGUUUUGUUUUUUUUGUUUUUUUUUUUCUUUUCUUUUUUUUUUUUUUUUGUUGUUGUUGGUAUUUUUAUUUUUGUUUGCCAAGAAAUUUAGCCACCCCCACUUUCGUAAGAUCCUAGGUCCAUCACUGAAUUUCUCCCCCAUUCUUUAUGAAUAGAACCAACCUGGACCAUUUUCCUUUGUGAAACGCAAAUUGAUUUAGUUCACAUUUAUACAUGAAAGUGAUUUGAAUUCCACAUUUCAUCUGAGUGACUAGAUGAAUUAGAACGUAAAGACAAAAAUUGAAGGGAUAUGGACACGAUUUGAUUGGAAAAAAUUUCAAAUCUUAUUUUUCCAUUUUCAGUGUUUAUAAUACUUACAUGUAACUAAGAUAUUUCUAAUGGUCUACCAAAAUUUGAAUGUCAGUUGUUGAGUUACAAGUGAGAUACAUCACUUUCAAUGCUUUGUUAUGUAAACAAGGCUCGUGCCAUGUUUUUGUUUACAUAUAGAUGACUUAAUAGAAAAUAGCGUGUUUAAAACAAAAUGAGAUGUGCCAAACACUAGAAUGUGUUUAAUUGUGUUCAGAAUUAACUUGUAAAUUGAAAAAAUCUGCUUUAAACGAAACUUUUACUAGUAUAUUUAACCUAUGUAAACAAAAUCAUGACACGAACCUUGUUUACAUAACAAAGAAUUGUGGGCUCUGUAUCUCUCAUCUAACUCAACAACUGAUAUUCACAUGUAUGCUGACCAUUAGAAACACCUUAGUUAAGCAUUGUCAAAAAAAUGGAAUUUUUUUAAUUUUUUUUUUUUUUUUUUUUUAAGCUCAAACCGUGUUCAUACCCCUUUAAACGUUGUGAAGUAAAUUAUAUUUUUGUUCAUAGCUCAACUGACGUUAUCGGAAUAAUAUUAUGUGAUAUUAAGUUAUCGCAAUUUCAUUUGUAUCACUAAACCUUAAAGCACUAAAUACACGUUCUUGUAAGUGCAAAAAGGGAACAUUUAGAAUCCCACCAAAAUAUAUUGAAUGCAACGAGAAAAUAUUUUGAACACCACUUUGGAGUACAGGAUUCAGUUAGACAUUUGCUAAUGACGUCAGAGUGCAGCCCAGGUUUCUUGUGUGUACAAACUGUCAUCUCCGGAGCCUUUAUCAGGGGUAUCAAUAUUUUGUGUAUAUUCCGUCAUAACUCGGGUCAUAGUCUAAAUGUCUAACGUUUGACGUACACCCACUGACCGCGGCAAAUAGGUAUAUAGAGUAUGUACACCUUAUGUAUACUGCAGCACACAAUUUUCCUGAAGUUUUUAAACACAGACAUCGGGGACAUUUUUGGGUUUCGAAGGGAUUGUUUGCCUUGUUUAAAAGAUAAAUCGACAGACGGGGACAUUUUAUCCUGCACCGUCUUCAAACAUGACUGAGAUAUCCACUGUCAAGUUUUCUAACGAAGAAAGUUUAUCACCAGACGACAUCGAUGUCAAACUUUCGGACAAUAACACCGCGACCAGUGUCGCCCCUUUUCGGGGAAUGGGAAAAGAGGAGCUCUUGCAGCAUUCAUCCAAACCCUUCUGGAGACGUCUGCGCAUGAUUUGUAUCUCUAUCAUUCUCCUGGGCUGGCUGGCGCUGAUCAUCACGGUGGUGGCCCUCGUGUUGAUCUACCCUAAGUGUAAAUCUCCAGACUCCAGAACCUGGUGGCAGAACGAGGUUGUAUACAGGAUUUACGUCCGCAGUUUCAAGGACAGUGACGGGAACGGCGUUGGUGACUUGGAUGGGGUGACCUCUAAGCUGGACUAUAUUAAGGAUCUGGGUGUUGGUGUUAUAUCCCUGAGUCCGAGCUAUGAAGACGAUGGAAGUGAUGGUGAUUUUCAUUUGAUGAAUCAUAUGAAGAUAGACGAUGCUGUGGGCGGGGAUCAAGCUUUGAACAGAUUAAUCACACAAGCUCAUGAAAAAGGGUUGAAAAUCAUAUUAGAUUUUAUACCAACCCACACCAGCGACCAAAGUGACUGGUUCAGGUGGAGUCAGGAAGCUAAAUAUAGAAAUGAUUCUUACCGGAACGUGUAUGUGUGGACAGACACGCCGACAAAUUGGAAAUCCAUGUAUGGCGGAAGUGCGUGGAACGAGUCGUCUGUCCGAACAGGAGAACACUAUCUCCAUCAGUUCCUACACAAUCAACCUGACCUCAACGUGCGCAGCCCACAGGUCAAGGAAAAGCUUAAUGAAAUCCUAGUUUAUUGGUUGAAUAAAUCGGUGGAUGGCUUCUACAUAAGAAACAGCGCCUAUAUGUUUGAAGACUAUGACCUGCGCGAUGAACCCAAACUUCAAUACGCAGAUGGGGACGAUUAUGGGGACUACGACCAUAAGUACACAAAGAACCUCCCAGAAAUUUACGACAUGUUUGCAAGAUGGCGUACGACAAUGGAUGAACACAUGAAUAGAGUUCUCAUGGCAGAUCCAGACCCCACAUCCAGUGUUAAAGAUAUGGUGAAAUAUUAUGGCCAUUUCCAAAGAGAUGGUGUUCAGCUGCCCAUCAGAAAAAGAUCGUUUCCCUCAAACUGUGGUGGUAAAUGUAUCGGCAAAUACGUCAGUGAUUGGAUGAACAAUCUACCCUCUGGUCGCUGGCCAACCUGGCUGUUUGGUGAUGAAACAACAGAGAGAUUUGCAUCCAAUCACAAUGAAAGCUUUAUUCGCUCCUUUGCCAUGCUGACAAUGCUCUUGCCUGGAACCCCUGUUCUUUACUAUGGUGACGAGAUCAACAUGAUGGACCUUGCAACACUCACACCAUCCAGCAACACGUCACGACUUCAACCGAUGAGGGGACUGAUGCAGUGGGACGACACGCCCAAUGGAGGAUUCACCAAUUCAUCAAUGCCUUGGUUACCACUAGGUGCAGACCAUCAAACGAACAACGUUAAGAAUCAGAGUGCAAAAGGAGAUUCCCUUCUUUCAUUUUUCAAAAAUCUCACCACUUUAAGAAAAGAAGACACCUUCCGUAUUGGAGAAUAUUACCCAGCAGCAGUCGAUGAUAACGUGUUCUCUUUUGUUCGAGAAUUUGACGGAAAGAAAGGUUAUUUGGUGGCAAUCAAUUUUGCAAGCGUACCUCAAAAACGUGACUACACUAAAUUUCACAGCACAAUACAAAGUACAGCAUCUUUUGACUUGACCACGGGCGGAUCAGAGAGUUUUGAUUCAGACAUUGAUGUAGAUACCAGCGACCUUACUUUGGGACCUAUGCAAGGGGUAGUGGUCUCUUGGGAUUUCGUUGCUAAGGAACUCUGAUUCUCUUUAUUGAACUUUUUAAUUUUCAAUACUGCGUAACCAAGAGUAAAUCUAUGUACCGAUACAUAACCAAGAAUUCAAUGAAUAAAAGCAAUGCUUCCAUUUAGAUUUCUGUCGGAUUAAGGAAGUCUGUUUUUGUUACAAAUGUCAAUAAACUAAUGAAUCACUUCA